CAUAGGAUACUUUUCUAUGGAAACAAAAAUCUUGGACAGUACCAGCUAUCCAAUUCUUUUGGAAUAUAUCUGCCCAAAUAACCCAGAAUGGCCUUUUAUUCGAUCACAAUAUGCUGUUUUGUCUUAUUUGUUUCAGUGUCUGGAGAAUGUAUAUCAACACUGUUUCAAGAUGUAUAUUUUCAAGGAGGAGACUGUAGUUCUGUGUUUGCACCAGAUGUUGGAUAUUGCCAGUUAGUUUGCACAUUCCACCCAAAAUGUUUGAUGUUUUCUUAUCUACCAGAAAGUUGGCCAUCCCAAAAUGAGAGGUUUGCUUGCUUUCUAAAGGACAGUGCCACAAACACUCUGCCAAAUGUGACUUUACCUGGGGCAGUAUCUGGGUACUCAUUAAAGCAUUGCAGAAAUCAGAUCAAAGUUUGCAAUGAAAAGACCUUUGCUGGACUUGAUAUGAUUGGUACAAAUUACAAUAUAACUACAGCAGCUAAUGUGCAGCAAUGCAUAGAACAAUGCACCAAUGACAUACACUGCCAGUUUUUUACUUAUGUCACUGGUUCCUUCCACAGUGUAAAACUUCGAAACAAAUGCUACUUGAAAUAUACUGCGAAUGGAAUGCCAGCCAGAAUAAGACAGCUUGAAAAUGUUAUAUCUGGUUUAUCAUUAAAGGCAUGUGGAAAAUCUUCAUUAGAUUGCAAAAAGGACCUGUUUCAGAGUCUGGACUUUUCUGGAGACCUUCUUGCGAGUGUUUUAGCCCCUGAUGUGCAUAUGUGUCAGAAGAUCUGCACGUACCUUCCAAACUGUUUAUUUUUUACAUUCCAGACAAAAGACUCCAAAGACCCUUUGCAAAGAAAUCGUUGUUUUUUAAAGACAUCUAAAAAUGGGCUCCCAAAUGAAACGAAAAUCAAAGAAUAUUCUAUAUCUGGAUUUAGCAUUUUACAUUGUAAAAACAGUCCUACAGUUUGUCCAUUGCCAUUGUUCCCAAAUGUGAACUUUAUUGGAGACGACUUUCUGGUAGAAACUGCAAAUGGAGACAAAGAAUGUCAACAAAUUUGUACAAAUAAUAUCAGAUGCCAGUUUUUUACCUACAAACCAGAUGAACCAUCCUGUAUUCAAAACACAUGCAAAUGUCACUUGAAGAUAUCUUCCAAUGGGUUGCCAACUGGAAUAUCGCACGGGAAAGGAGGCAUUUCAGGAUUUUCAUUAAGAUUGUGUAAAACUAAAACUGCCUCAGGUUGUGGCCAGCCUGCUGAUUUGGCAAACAGAAUAGUUGGGGGCACUAACAGCUCUCUUGGUGAGUGGCCAUGGCAAGUGAGCAUGCACCUCAAGUUUACUACCACUUAUAAAAAGCAUACAUGUGGGGGAUCCAUUAUCAACAAUCAGUGGAUACUAACAGCUGCCCAUUGUGUUUCAGCUCCUUUGAACAAUCCUAGUGUAUGGAAUAUCUAUGCAGGUAUAGUGAAGCUGUCUGAUAUAACACAGUCAACACCAUUUUAUGAAGUGGAGCGGAUUAUAACUCAUUCUUUAUACAAUGGAGCAGAAAAUGGCACAGAUAUAGCCCUGUUAAAGUUGAAAACAGCUAUUACAUUUAAUGAAAAACAACAAGCUAUAUGUCUCCCACCAAAUCAAACACCACUUCAGAUACCAAAAACUUGCUGGAUAACUGGUUGGGGAUACAUAGAAGAAUAUGGCAAGGCAACUAAUAUUCUUCAAAAAGCGGAAGUUCCACCAAUCUCAACUGAGGAAUGUCAAGCAAGUUAUGAUCAGAACAGUAUAACUAAUCAGGUGGUGUGCGCUGGAUACAAACAUGGCCAAGUCGAUGCCUGCAAGGGAGAUUCUGGUGGCCCAUUGACAUGUGAAAUUGACAAGGUUUGGUACCUAAUUGGAAUUACAAGUUGGGGAGAAGGUUGUGCUCGCCCUGGCAAGCCAGGAGUUUACACAAAAGUAUCUGAAUUUACAAACUGGAUUUUGGAACACACAAAAAUAAAUUAAGAAUAUACACUUUCUAUUGAGAAGAAAACUGAGAUAAAGACUUUUAUGAAGUAUAAUUUAUUUGUAGUUACUAUAUUAAUAGAUAUCAUGGAAAAGUAAUCAACAAUAUAUGCUGUAAAUAUAUAUAUAUAUAUAUCAAUCAAUUAUUAUUCUAACACAUGCACACAUUGGAUUACAAAGUUUACUGUAAAUAGUCCAUACUUAUUUACAUAUAACUUGACAUUUUUUGAAAGUUCAGUAAACAUAACCUGCUCACUGAUACAUAGAACAGUAUGAUACAAACAACAAGCAUGACUGGCAUUCUAUAGUGAAAAAUGGUAAGCAAAUAUUACAAGAUAAGACCCCAUUUGUUGGUUCAAAUACCACAUUUGCAAACAACAAUUAUCCACUCUUUAAAAUAAAAUAAAAAAUGGAUCUGUUGGAGAGGUUAAAAUGGGCAUAAUAAAAAAGGAUGUGCCUUUGAAGGGUAUACUUAAAAUCACAAUUACAAAAAAAUUAAAAAUACAGUUAUUUUA